ACUAUAUAAUGUCGGUAUAGGAGUAUGGCAUCAUCACUCCUAGCUAGUCCUUGACUUAGUGAACUUCAUAGCAAACUUUCAAGGAACAUGCGCGUCACGGUUGUGCUCUGCGCGCUGGUCGCUCUCGUGCUCGCCGUCGCCCUGCCGGCGCAGGCGCAGUGGUACAGACGACCGGGCGAGGCCAUCGGGGGUGCGUACGACAUGUACCGUGCGUACAGUGACAUGAGGGAGGCGAACUGGAAGAACUCGGACCGCUACUUCCACUCCCGAGGCAACCAAGACGCUGCCAACCGAGGGCCCGGGGGCAGAUGGGCGGCCGAGAAAAUCAGUAACGCCCGUGAGUGGUUUGACCAGCGGGUGAAAGGCGACUCAGCUGCUGACUCGGCGAGAGACCAAGAGGCCAACCGCUGGGGCCGCAACGGUGGCGACCUCAACAAGUACAGACCUGCGGGACUGCCUUCAAAAUACUGAAAAAUGGACUAGUAUAUUGACACUGAAUCUUGGUUCAGUCUUAUUACAGGAUGUGGGUUAUGUUUUGAUGUCAAGUCCUGUCUUUUGAGAAAUUGAGCGGAAUUUUUAUUCAAUAUUGAACUGCUUUGACUGAUGGCUUGAAUCAUGAAAAUUUUGCGUCUAAAUGAAUCGCCGGCUAUCUUUUGAAGGCUGCCCACGAAUGCUUCAUUCAUUUGACUCGUAUAACACAGCCUAAGUGGAGAGAAUAUUUAAUAAAUUUGGAAUUAGUUAAAUUAUUUAGCUAAAUAUUUUUCUGAAACUGAAACGACGAUUCGAACCUUAUUUGGUUUUCUUAGGCCGAUGGAAUGUACCUAAUUGAUUUUCCGGAGAACGUUUAAUGAUUUGUACUUUAUAGCAUUUUAAUUAAGAUUGAUUCCUUAUGUUGCUUCGACAUUGUACUGCUAAUUCUAGCGCUAAAUAAGAUAUAAAUUUUAUAAUACGUUAUUGAGAUAUUAACCAAACACUAAAUUUCGGUAUCAAAAUCUGUAGAGAUGCGUGUAAUUGAGUUUUUGCUUCUCCGCAAGUAAAAAAUCUAAAAAUUGCAAGUUUUAUUUCUCCGAAUAUUUUGGAGUUUAGCUCACAGUGUUACGUUACCUGGAAGAUUAUUCUCUAAUUAAUAGAAAUGAAGGCACAAAUUGGGAAUAUUAUUCCCUUUUUGGACGAAUCAAUUUUGUAGUAAUGUGUAAUGUCACAAUUUAUUUGCGAAUUUCAAACAAAUCAGAUUUGAAUAAUAUUGGAGUUGAUUCAUAAAUGUAAAUGUGAAUGUGACUUAAAUUAACACGAAUUCAGAUAUGAAAAUAAAUUGUUUCCCUGCACUAAUUUUUUGGAACGUAUGGAUUCAAGCAUGAUGUAAGAUGGAAAAAAAUAUAGACGAUAUAAAGCAUC